UAGAGUUUCUCACUAUAUUACCUAGAGGGAAAACUGGCGCUGCUGCGCUGUGGUAUUCAUGGGAAUGCCGGUAUAUUGUGACUUCGGAUUGGCAUCGUUCUCGGAUAGCCAAGAAAGCCUUGAAGACGCGCUUGGCUAGCACCGUUCCGUCUGUCACAAUGAUUCAUUUCCUGCUAAAACAAAACGUAAAAAGCUGCUUUAGCUUUAUUAUUACACAAAAACAUGUUUUCUUUAAUUUUGAGGACUUACUAUUGGAUGCACAAUUAUAUGAAACGUAAAAAGUAUCAGCUGGCCGCUAAAGUUGGAGGGCAGACGACAAGAUUAUCGCUCGCUUUGGAACAACUUGUCGUCUGUUCUUGCUUUUCUUCGGUUGAUUCUGCAUUAUAGGUGAGUAAACUUUAUUGAUAUGUGUAAUAUAGGUGAAUGAAAGCCUUUUAUGUAGAUUUUACUUUAAUAACGCAUUAUUUGUGUAGCCAUAUCCACGUUUUAGACGAAGCCUCGUUCAACACCAGCCAACACAAGCCUCGCAGACACAUAUCCCGUCAUUCCCAUGAGGGCACGGCGCCCUUUAAGAAACUCGCAUAGACGGUGGCGCCAGUUUACCCUCUAGGUGUUAUAGUGAGAAACUCUAUGGACGCAUGAUAAGACGCUUGCUGGCUACCUUACGGAAAAAAAAAUCAUUUUUUUAAAGCGAUGCUUUAUAUGGCUAGGCGAAAUUAAUAAGCGUCUGUCCGUCGCCCGUCCACACAAAACUAUCAUCAUCAGCAUUGGCUCGAGAGUCGUCUUCUUCCGGAGCUGGUUCGUUGGCACCCCUCGGGUAGCGUUCGUGCCACUGCUCCAACGUUCAUCAUCGUCUUCUUCUUUGCACAGCUGGCUCCGUUGCCGCUCAUUAUUCCAGCAUAGAAUUUCACUUCUCUUCUGUCGUCGCAAUGGGGAGGCCGCGUUUACCGGGUUAUGAGCCAUUCAUUGUCUUACGUGGCGGACAGAUUUAAUUUUCAAACAAUUUAAUUUCGGAGAAUCGCAAGCGGCAAUGGCGGGCGAACGCUGCUAACCACGCCGCCGAGCAAAGCAUUGAACGCAAACGACAACGGCGGACUGCGCUCACAUACAUACCAUCAAUGACGUCGUUCUCUCCGUCACCGCCGAACGUGCGUGUAACCUCAUUAAGAAACACAAAGAAGUAACCAAUAUUUGAGAAAUACUUUAAUGAUCCGUCGGGAUUAACCCAGUCAUAAACACCGGGGCCGCACUUUUCAGCUUCGCUGGUUAACCAACCAUCAGUGCGGAGUGCUUGUGUGGUGUAAUAUUUGUUGUUUUAAAAUGCACAACGUACCAGAAGAGUUGUAGGAUUAGCCAUAUAGGUAAUCACAGCAUGUACGUUUUUUAGACAGGCACUGAAAAUCAGUGUUGCCAGACCGCUGCUGCCGAAGGUUCUCCUAAAACAGCAUUUAAAUUCUGCUAGAAUGCGCAAAAUUUUCUCAUGAAUCUACUAAAAAUAACCGGAAAGCUUCUCGUGCGAAAUCUCCGAUAAUCUCCGCCAAUAACUAAAAGCGUGACCCUGGUUGUAAACACGUCGAAAUGUACACCCCAAGAAAACUUCCCUGAAAUAUGGUAACAGUUCUCACGCGAAGUUGUUAUCGCCCACCUGACGCCCAUGACCAACAUGUGAUUCUGUGCAGUUGUCUGGACCCGUACGUAUUUACAAAAAGCUCUGAUCGCUAAAAUUGUUCGUAACAGAAACUUUCACCCGAUACUGAAGCUGGAUAUACACGUAUUAUUAGCGAACACGUCCGGCCAGUGGCAAUUAAAGCACGCUUAUGAAUAGAAAGCUUUGUGAAUUCGGCCGCUGCUUCUUUCUCUCUCUUCACUAACCCAGUUUUCAUGAAUCACAGCGGGCCUACAAGGGCACGCCGUCAAAACGAGAAAAGGCCGUUGUCACACGGAAGCGACGAACGCUGAAGGUCCGUAAGUGAUGAGAAAUAACUUACCGCAAACAAGCAAACAGGCAGAUUGGCAGUGAGGCCUGAAAAGAAGUUUCGGUCCGGUAACCGACCCAGCCGGCACACCUCCUUUCCUUUGACGAAAACGAUCCUGGAAACUUACCACCGCCGGCUGCCUUGCAUUAAGUACCCCUACAUAUACGGUGACUCUGGAUUCCCGCGGCUCUCAAAGCGUUUCUUAUCACGCAUCGCCGCCCGUUCGUGUGGUGUAUGUGGAGGUGGGUUGGAAACCAAAGCCAGGUGGUCCCUGCGUCCGAGACGGCUUACCGAAAUUGAAGCUCAUUCGGUGGACACGUUCCUCUCCGGUGACGCGGCGUGCCCGAUAGUGGUGGUGCGGAGGUGAAACGCGCAUUCCCGAGGAAGGCCCGGCACCUCGCGAGGUGCCGUCGUCCUCUACGUGCUCUCAUGAAAAUGGAAGCGCACGGACUGUUGCCUGUGCACCGGGACGAAGCGUGUACAAUGCACGAGCCCGGGAGCAUCGGGACGCGCCCGAUAACCGCCUCCAGCGGAGCGCUGCGAGCAGCGCGAGCACGGAUGCGAGAGUUGAUCCGCGACGGUUGAGCCCUACAGACCUGGCCUUGCGUUACGCGGUUCUACAUGUGCCUCGGUGAAGUACACACGCGGCUGCACCGGCGCCAGAAUCGUCAAGUGUUCCCUGCCGAGAGCGUGUGCGCGAGCGUGCGCGCUGUUUCUGAAUGGCACGACCUCGGGGCAGAGCCGUGUUCUGGCUGGCGAUGCUCCUGGAAGCGACGGCUGUCUGUGCCAUGGUCAUGCCUGGACUUUGCCCGACGCUAAAAGAGAAGGACGAGUUUGAUCUUCACAGGUUUAUGGGUACCUGGUUCGAAGUUCUCAGGACACCGUUCAUCAUCGAAUACAUGGUUAAAUGCGUGAGAUUUCAUUGCUUGGACAAAGGCGAAGAAAACAGCGUGGGCCUCAAAGUGCUCGGUGAGAGGUCGCCUGUUGCCGCAGUGUUUACCAGCGGCGACAGAGCGGACAGCCUGUCAAUUGACGGAGAAAUUCUUACGAGAGACGCCAACAGUCCGUAUGGAAUAAGGCUGAAAGGAGCCUCCUUCCAGUAUGCUUCUCCCAUGAUAGUCUUGGACACAGACUACGACAGUUACGCCGUGCUGUGGGCUUGCGAGAACAACAUCAUCAGCGGAAUUGUUCGCAGAGAAAAUAUAUGGGUUCUCUCAAGGGCACCGACAUUAAAUACAACGAUGCAAAACUUGAUCAUGGACCACUUGAAGAAGCAAACCUACAGCACGUACUUUCUCAUGCCAACGGAACAAAAAACAUGCAAGGGCCAUCCUGUACAAAAAGAUGCAGCUGCAAAAGGCUCAAACGGAAAAUAAAACACGGUUUUCAUAAAAGUUACAGGUGGAUAUUAUUGCAAUUAACGCAUGUAUUUCCUUAAACGAGUGCAUAAAACUGAGUUAUAAAGCAUGCUUAAUGAACAGGGGACCUUGAGGUAAUGUUAACCGUCCUGUGCUAAGGGUAUGUUUGAUGGACAUA